UUUCACACUGAGCAUGCGCCGUGCGUGUUUUCCGGCUCGCGCUGUCACAUGACGAGAACAGCUCCGCGGCUCGGAUGUGACCAGACCAGAACCGGAUCAGAACCAUCCAGCAGGACUUUUGACUCAUGGCGUCCCCUUCCGCCUGCACCUGACAGCCCUGUCCUCUGUCCUGUCCCAGCAUGUCCUCCCUGACCCCUCGCUCCUCCGUCUUCACCUUCCAGUCUGCGGGGCACACUUCCUGGGUUUUGCAGAAACUGAACGAGCAGCGGCUCCACGACGUUCUGUGCGACAUCACCGUUCUCGUGCGGGACCAGAGCUUCAGGGCCCACGCCUCCGUCCUGGCCGCCUGCAGCCAGUACUUCCACAGCAGGCUCCCAGGGGCCAGCCGGCAGUGCCCUGUCGUCACUCUGCCCGAAGAGGUGACCGUGGAGGGGUUUGAGCCUCUGCUGCAGUUCGCCUACACCUCCAAGCUCCUCUUCACCAAGGAGAACAUCCACGCCAUCCACAACUGCGCUGACAUCCUGGGCUUCCACAACUUAGAAUCGUCCUGCUUUGACUUCCUCCUGCCCAAGUUGUCAGAGGGCAAGAAAACACCAAAAGAUUCACAGCUAUCUUGUUGUAAAAAAACCCUCUCUGACUCUGCAACUUGCGAAAACAUUAGCAAAGGUGAACAGCCCAAUAUAUCAUCUUCGCAUUGUCCAUCGGAGACUUCGCAGAUGUCCAGCAAAGAGGACCACUUGUGCUUGGAGAAUUGUGGAUCUCAAAUUCAGUCCUUAUCCUUAGACUUAGCCGCAACUGGGGAAUGUCCAGUUUUAUCCAUGCAAUGUGCGGAUUCUAGCAAAGCCGACCACCCCGCCCAGUACUGCGAGCGUGACAUUUUAGACAUCGGAAAUGUAUGCAAUCAGAGUGAAUUGGCAGAUUGUGGUCUUCCAUGCAGUGUCAACAAUUCAGGGCACGGACAAGAGCUUAUAGAGCCAGCCGCGGAAAGCAACGGGAUAGAACCAGUGGAGAUACUCAGAGCGGAUAAAGAUUGCAAUCGAUGUCCGUUCAGAUCUCAAGAAAGCGACGGAAGUGAUGUUAGCUUCGACCAAAACAUGUCCGCCAACUUCCCCGAGGCGUCCAUAAGCGUUCUGAGUCAAGAGGAAGGGUUCGGGGACAGGAGCAUUGUCGAGAGAGAGGUAGCGGAACAUUUGGCGAAGGGUUUUUGGUCAGAGCUGUGUCCUCCGCCAGACCCGACGGAGCAAGCGAAGAUGUCCAAAGCGACGGAUUUCCACUGGUUGAAGCAGUUGGACUUGACUUCCAGUAUGGGGGACUGUCCCUUCCUCAGAGACAUGGGGACAGAGGAGGAGCAGAGUCUGAGCAGUAGUAUGUCCCAUCCAGAGAUGACUCCCUGUAUGUCGUCACCGCCCUCCGAAGAGGAUUCAGAAGUGGAUACAGAUGGAGACACGGAAGCCAACAAAAGGAGAGCAGCGGAGAUCCAUCUGCCGUUCCCUGUGGAGGACAUCUCCAACCUGAGCCGCAGCGCGUUCCAGAAGCUCCUACGUCUGCAGAGACUCACCCCGGAGCAGCAGGAGUUUGUCCACGACGUGCGGCGCCGCAGUAAGAACAGGAUGGCUGCUCAGCGCUGCCGCAAGAGGAAACUAGACGGGAUACAGCAGCUACAAGCAGAUAUCAGGACGCUGAGAAAUGAGCGAGAGCGCCUGCUGCAGGAGAGGAGCCAGCUGGAGCAGAGCCUGGAGGAGACUCGUCAGAACCUGUGCUCGGUGGGCCACACCUCCAGCCUGGACCCCCCCACGGCUCAGCUCCCCCUCUCCGGACCCUCCUCCCCUCCCUCCGUGUCCACGCCCAUGGCCCACAACCCCCAGGUGAGCACGAUGGUGACCUGCACCUCGACACCAGCGGGAGCGCCAUCGGACUCAGAACACGGAUCACGCUUUGAGAAGGAGGGAGAGGAGGGUUUGUCUGCGCCACAGGGCUGUCCCAUAUCUGCCUCUAUCUUUAACAGUUUGGGCAUGGACACGUUUUGAUCAGACAAACUGCAAACAUGCUAAGACUAUACUGCAAAGUUUAAUUACUUAUGCUUUCUUUAAGGUCCUAUAUUAUGCAAAACUGACUCGCACUGGCACUAUGCAAGUUUUUAGAUUGAUUUUUAGCUGUAAUUGAAUAACUGAGAGGUACUUAAGCUUAUACAAUCCUGUGGAACGUUCCAAUGCAAUAACCUUUUAAGAUGCUAAAGCAGACUUUUUAUGCAAAAUCGACUUUUGAGAGCUUUUAACCACGUUUUAGUUGUUUCCCCUUCUAAUUUACCCUCUCAAAGUUGUACUGAUAAAAACCAAAAGUAAAUCUGCAGCUAUCCAAAGGAGGGGCCGACAGAUACACGGCUCUUUGUUGUGAUGACGUUUAGAGCGAUGUCGGCUCCUAUUGGGUAACAUUAUGAUCCACGGGUGUCAUAGAUUCUAAUUAUAAAGCAGACACAAGCACAAUGUCUUCUUUAAAACAUAAAACUUGUAUAGUGCACUUUUAAAAAUCAUUCAAAUUGAUUUAAAUUUCUUUCACAAGCUAAACCAAGUUCUACAUUUUUAAAACUGAUUAAAACUUCGCCAAACAGGGCCUCUCCGGGCUUAUAGAAUUAUCAACCCUCAAUCAAAUAUGUGUAUCUAAGUUUAAAGCCACAGUAUGUAACUUUUACCGGUCAAUCUACGUUCCUCCCCUCACCUAUGGUCAUGAGCUCUGGGUAAUGACCGAAAGGACAAGAUCCCGGAUACAAGUGGCCGCUGGGCGCUCCCUUAGAGAUAGGGUGAGGAACUCGGAGUAGAGCCGCUGCUCCCCCACGUUGAGAGGAGCACCUGAAGCGGCUUGGGCAUCUGUUCUGGAUGCCUCCUGGACGCCUUCCUCAAGAGGUGUUCCGGGCAUGUCUCACCGGGAGGUGACCCAGGACAUGCUGGAGGGUCUCUCAGCUGGCCUGGGAACGCCUUGGGGUCCCCCUGGAGGAGCUGGAGGAAGUGUUCUGGGUGAAGGAAGUCUGGGAGUCCCUGCUUAGAUUGCUGCCCCCGCGACCCGGCCCCGGAUAAGUGGAAUGGAUUGAUGGAUGGAUAUGUAAUAUUUUAGGCAAAAAAUAGACACAACAAAAUUGGUUUAUUGCACUGAAAAACUUGAGUCCUUACAGUGAGUGAACUUGCAUCUCCACAAACCUCACUCUUAUUUGGUCUGGAGAAAGGCCUCUUAUUGCUUGUUUCCAUGGAAAUCUCGUUCCUAUGGUAAUGGUAUUAAUAUUAAUAUGUGUGUUUCUCCAUGAAAAAUGUUCCAAAAUAUAGCUUUAACUUUCUAUUUCCAUGGAAUCACACAGGAGACAUACCACCUCUAGAAAUGCCAAAAUAAAGAUAUCCAAAAAUGGUCAGUGUUAAUGCAUAAAAUAGGACCUCUAACCUCUGACAAUGUCACUGUAGUAUUUAAUUAACCAGUAUUCUCAUUUACUUACAUGUUUUUCUGAUUUUACCUCUGUCAAAUGCAUCGGUCGCCUCUCAGGGACUUUCAGCAUCGAAGUUAUUAACAAUACCAGAAGUAUUGCACAAGUGUCCACUGCCCUCUCUUCAUCCACGUUGCUUCAUUUUUAACUAUGUAAUUUUAAUAUGAAAUAUACUGUUUCAUUUUACAACUUUGUCAUUUCUGUUGUUCAUGCAAAACACCGGGGCUGGGUGGAAACUGGUGGAUAAUCCUCACGUAUGAAUUCAAACUAAUGGCAGGUCUUGUUAUUGAUCAUAGCAUUAUUUUAUUGUAGCGCACACAUCUUCAUUAGUCUUAAAUCAAAUGUAUUAAUUACCAGUUGCAUCAUGUUACAGGGAACAGUAUGUGCCUUAUGCAGGAGACUCACGUUCAAUAACAAAACUAUUCUGAUUGUUCUAACAGUGUUGCACAUUCACCCUUUACCAGAGGUGUUCUUUACAUCUGCAUGGAUUUGUUCAAUAAUUUCAUGUAAAAUGAUGAAGUUUAAUAAAAAAAACUUUUGAGUAAA